AUGGUGCUGAUCGACAAGCACGAGUUCCUCACCGAGGAGGAGAAGCGACUCAAGGAGGACCGCGAGCGCACCCGGUACUGGAAGCGAUGGGGCCCCUAUGUGGCCGAGCGACAAUGGGCAACUGGUAUGUUCGAAGCCGACGGCACAGAAAAUAUGGAUGGGGUGCGGGAGGACUACUCUGAGGAUGGCGACGCCUGGAGCUACUUUACCCAUGAUCAUGCACGGUCGCGGACAUUUCGCUGGGGCGAGGACGGCAUUGCAGGUGUUUCCGACACCCACGGCUUGCAGAACAUUGCGUUCUCAUUUUGGAACGAGAAAGACGAAUUCCUGAAGGAGCGCCUCUUUGGACUGUCAAACCCGCAAGGUAAUCACGGCGAGAGUGUCAAGGAGGCUCAUUUCCAUGUGGACAAUACCCCGACGCACUCUUACAUGAAAUUCCUGUACAAGUACCCCCAGAACAAAUUUCCCUAUCAGGAGCUAGUGGACGAGAAUGCCAAGCGGUCGCGCGUGGAGCGGGAGUACCAAAUCCUCGAUACCGAGGCCUUCAAGGACAACCGCUACUGGGAUAUCUUCAUUGAGACAGCGAAGGAAAGUGACGACGAGGAGGAGCUGAUCUUCCGAGUGAUCGCCUACAAUCGCGGCCCGGAGCCCGCUCACUUGCACAUUAUCCCCCACGUCUGGUUCCGCAACAACUGGGCCUGGGACUCGGGGAGCAAGGUCCAGAAGCCUUCCAUUAAGCAGGAAGGUCCGCGGAUUGCCAAAACCGCCCAUGACAAGCUGGGCGACCGUUAUGUCUGCUUUGCCCCGUCGCCGCCAGUGGGAGACAGCGAGGACGAUAUCCAGCCGAGACUGCUCUUCACGGAGAACGAGACCAACAAUAAGAUGUUGUGGGGAACCGAGAAUGUCCAGCCUUACGUGAAAGAUGCUUUCCAUCGUCAUAUCGUCGAGGAGGAGAAGGGCGCCAUCAACCCCGCGAAUGAAGGUACCAAGUUCGCCGCCUGGUACGCGUUUGACGAAGGCGAGGGAGUUCCUCCUGGCGAGUGCGCCGUUGUCCGUUUCCGUUUCUCCCGUAGGAAGGAAGAGUUUGUGGAUGAGGAGGUAUUGGACGAUGUGAUCGAACAGCGCCGCGCUGAGGCCGACGACUUCUACUAUCACAUCAACCCACUCCCUAUGAGCGAGGAUCUGCGCAAUAUUCAGCGCCAGGCGUUCUCGGGUAUGAUGUGGUGCAAGCAGUACUACAACUUCAUCUGGGAUCAAUGGAGCAACGGUGACUCGGGCGAGAUCCCUCCGCCACCAGGCCGAAAGGGUAUUCGCAACGAGCAAUGGCGCCAUCUGUAUAUUGAUGAUAUCCUGUCCAUGCCGGACUCUUGGGAGUACCCAUUCUUCGCUGCUUGGGAUACAGCCUUCCACUGUAUUCCACUUGCGAUGAUUGAUCCAGAUUUCGCAAAGAAGCAGCUGGACCUCAUGACCCGAGAGUGGUACAUGCACCCCAAUGGCCAGCUGCCAGCCUACGAGUGGAACUUUGGGGAUGUCAACCCACCCGUGCACGCAUGGGCCGUGUUCCGUACGUUCAAGAUCGAGCGCAAGAUGUACGGUCGCCAGGACCUUGAUUUCCUGGAGCGGGUGUUCCAGAAGCUGCUUCUGAACUUUACCUGGUGGGUGAACCGCAAGGACUCGGAAGGAAAGAACGUUUUCGAGGGAGGCUUCUUGGGCUUGGAUAAUAUUGGUCUUUUCAACCGCUCCGAACCUUUGCCGACAGGAGGUGUCCUCGAACAGGCUGACAGCACUGGUUGGAUGGCUUUCUACUGCCUGUGCAUGCUGAACAUUGCCCUGGAGUUGGCCAAGCACCGCCGCACCUACGAAGACAUUGCGUCCAAGUUCUUCGAGCACUUCAUUCUCAUCAGUGAUGCGAUGACUUUCCGAUCCGGCGAGGACAACAUCAAGUCAUUGUGGAACGAGGAUGACCACUUCUACUAUGACGCUAUCUCGUAUGGUGGUCCCUGGACGCAGCAAUUGCCCGUCCGGUCGUUGGUCGGUCUGAUCCCGCUUUAUGCCGUGCUCACACUCGAGCCGGAAAUCAUCAAGAAGUUUCCAUCGUUCAAGAAGCGACUGGACUGGUUCAUCGAGAACCGAUCAGAUGUCGCCGAGCGAAACAUUGCCAGUAUGAAACGCCGCGGCAAGGAUGACCGCCUAUUGUUGUCGCUGGUGAGCAAGGACCGCCUGGAGAAGAUUCUUAAGCGCAUGCUUGAUGAGACCGAGUUCCUAGCUGAGCACGGUAUCCGGUCAAUGUCCAAGUUCCACGAGGAGCAUCCUUACUCCAUGGAGGUCAAUGGCCAAACCUUCAAGGUCGGCUACGUUCCAGGUGACUCGGACAGUGCCCUUUUUGGCGGUAACAGUAACUGGCGCGGUCCAAUCUGGCUUUGCGUCAACUUCUUGCUUGUGGAGUCUCUUCUCCGCUAUUACAUGUUCUAUGGCGACUCGCUCCAGAUCGAGUGCCCUACGGGAUCGGGCGACUACAUGCAUCUGGGAAAUGUUGCCGAAGAGCUUCAGCACCGGAUGCAACAUCUGUUCGCUCGGAAUGACGAGGGUCGCCGUGCCAUCAACGGUACGAGCGAUCUCCUCGACUUUGAUGAGCACUGGAAGGACUAUCUUUGGUUUCAUGAGUUCUUUGAUGGUGACACUGGCCGAGGCCUGGGCACUUCUCACCAAUGUGGAUGGACUGGACUGAUUGCGAAGAUCAUCCAUGACACAGGUCUGAACUGCCGUCUCCCCCAGACUCCCCGUUCCCCGUUCGCGGCAGCCUCCCACUACUUCGACGACAUCUUCUCACGCAGCGGACGUCCCCGAACCUCCGGUCGUCCCUCCUUCCGCCGCUCAUCCACCACCCGCUCCAUCGGAAACCGAAGCGACUUCAACUCCACCGUCGCCGGUGACACAACUCCAGGAGCGCUGGAUGACGAGUUUGGCAGUCCAAUCAGCCGGCGCGGUAGUACCGCCGCCGUUUCUCCAGACGGCGAGGAAGAGGAGCACGUCCACAACUAUGUCAACAGCGAGCUUCACCGCGUGCGCAGCUCAACCUCCAUCGCGGCGUACGAGGAUGAACUGGAGACGCAGGCUGAGAGGCAGAAUGGCCAUAAUGGUCAUACCUGA